UGGAGAGAUUUUAGCGCGGCGUACCGUAGCCAAUCAGGGGAUUGUUUUCCUGUCACGUCGGUGCACGGAAAGUAAGCUAACUGAUAAUGCAAACACAAACUAAAAUAAACAACGCGGAUUGUCGCUAAAGGCUGUAUGUCGCGGGGAGGUUUGUUUAUUCGGACCGGCUCUUCCUUGUUGGACGAGUAUUUGUGAAAAUGUGAUGCAGCCGUCACUUCGAGGACACACGAACUGGGUAACGUGAGCUAACUAACGUUAGCAAUAACCUGCUAAUUUUCAACGUUACGCAAGGCCGCGGAGAAAUAGGAGAGCUGCUUCCUGCUCUUGCUUCCUUGAGAAUGUAGGUAACAUUACGGUCCAAGGAGCAAAAUCCGUUAUUUAAGUAGCCAGUUAAGUUGAAUAAUAAAUUGCAUUUACGUUUUUUUAGUUGAGCUUGCGGGCUACCUAGCUUGUUAGCUAUUUGGCUAGCUAGCUAGCAUGAGUGAACUGACGGACUUCAAACAGUCCGCUGACUCUGCAUCGAGGAAACGGUGUCCAUCACCCGACCAGGAUGAAGGCAGCACGAUUCCCUGCAAGUCCACAAAAGUAAGUGACGCAUCAAAUGAAGCAGGGGUUAUUUCGGAAAGUCGCAAAAACAGCAAAGCCGAGAGUAAAGAAGCAGCUGGAAACGAGGGCCGGUCAAAAGAUAGCGUGGAAGAACCAGCUGCCGUGCAAACGGAUCAGGGUUCAGGCAGCAUGGGGGGCACCAGUACGCCUCCUGUCAACAACUCCAGUGCUGGCGGUCACGAUGCUAGCAACACAGAAAAGCCACAGUCCUCAGGUGCACAGGGAGGAACAGAGCAGCUUCCCGCAGCUCCUCUGGACCAGUCCGACUCAGCAGCCAUAGCAGCUGCUGAAGCACUCGCCAGUCUCACAGGGGGAGACGGGGAAGAAAGCCAAGAGACUCCUUGCUCAUCUGAAAAGGCUAAGCAGGUAAAACAGGGGAGCAAAUUCAAACAACGUGGGGGCCAGCAGUCCUCAAGAGCGGGCUCCAAAACGCAGGCAGCCGCCGCAGAUAGCUCCACAUCUGUACAUAGUACUGACAGAGAAGAUGCAGAUGAUGCGCCCGAAGCAGAUGAUGGUGAUGAAUCCAUAUCUGGCUCUUCAUCCACACCAAGCUCCUCUUUCCCAUCAGACAAUGAGGACAAUGAUGAUGGGGAGUGUGCCAUUGUGUCAGUUAAGAUGGCCCCUGAGAUGAGACAGUCAGUGGCUCUCUUGGCGCAGGUACAGAUGAGACUGGAAGCCCUUGAGAAGAAAAGUGCCCGGCUUCACCAGCGGCUGGAGCUGAAGAUUAGUCGUCAACGGCGCCCACAUCUGGAUCAGCGCAGCUCCAUUACAAAGACUAUCCCUGGAUUCUGGGUGACAGCUCUGUUGAACCAUCCUCAUCUCUCUGCUCACAUUGACGAGACUGAUGAAGAUGCUCUUAGUUACAUGACUGAUCUUGAGAUCGAAUCUUUCAAGAAUAACAAACUGGGCUACAGAAUCCGCUUCCACUUCAGACGGAACCCGUAUUUCCAGAACAACAUCAUCAUGAAGGAACUGCACCUUGGGAUGGGAGGAUCUCCCAUGUCUUUCUCCAACCCCAUCUUAUGGCAUCGUGGACAAAACCUGACGGCCCACAGCGAACCCAGGAAGUCGUCACGUGGGGUCUACCAAACCUUUUUCAGCUGGUUCAGUGACCAUAGCAACCCAGGACAAGAUGAUGUAGCACAGAUACUUAAGGACGACCUGUACAGAGACCCACUGAGAUACUACCUCACGCCACUCUGGGAACCGAGGGAGAACGGCAGUGGUGGCAGUGGGGCCAGAGCAGCUGACAACGGUAAUGGAGACGAGUGCGUGGUGAUCUCCGACUCGGAUGAUGAGCCUGGUGAGGAGACUGGUGAGGCUGAGCAAGGCCACAGUAGGGAGGAGGAAGAGGAGGACGAAGAGGAGGAGGAAGAAGAAGAGGAAGAGGACAGGGGGCCAAGCGCAGGAAAUAUCUCCUCCUCAGAUGAGAGCCCAGAGGAGGAGGAUGAUGGUGGAGAAAUUGUGAUCGACGGUUCUGAUGACAGUGACCAGGAGGAGGAGGAGGAGGAGGAGGAGGGUUAAGAAGAAGUGAAGAAGAAGAAAAGGAGGUACUUGUUGAAGGAGGAGAGUCAUCAAGGGACCAGAGACCGGGAAGAUGACGAGGAUGCUUAGGUUGACGAAGAGUUCAAGAGCAAACACUGAAUCCUUCUUCCUGAUGUUAGUCGUUUUUAUGCACAGAAUAUCAGUUUUUUGUUUUUUUUUAUACCUAAAAUACAUAGAAGCAUUUUAAAUCAGGGUUCAAUGUAAUAAUAAAGCCAAGGCAGCAUGUGUCCCCUCUAUUUUAUACAGUCGGUACUGUGUAUUCUGAAGUACUCUGAUUCACCUUUUUGCAAAAACGUUUUUUUCUACAACAGCUUCAUACAAGUAGUGUUCUUCAAUUUAACGAAGAAGACCGUAUGACAGCCUAUACACACACGUAGGUUAGAUAUUGAUUGCCGCUUCCUAAGGCAUUAAAAUUUGCAUUGCAAAUUCUUCAAAAAAAACAAAACAAAAAAAAAAAACACUGAAACCUUCCGAGGCAUUAUUAGUGGUCAUUUCAAGACAAAGUUUUGGCUGUUUUUAGAACUUGACAUGUGACCAGGCAAACAUGUCGCAAGCUGAAUUUGAUAUAACGACAGUACAUUUCAGAUGCACUGAGUACUGAACCAAAAUUUGUUCUCAGGGAUGAUCAUGAUGAUAGUGGUGAUCAUGGUGGUAGUUUUAAUGAAAGAACUUUACUGAUUCUCAGACACUCUUACACUCUCUGGUUGUUGUUGACUGUGUAUAAGGAAAUGUGUACUCUACUGUAGUAAAUAGGAACAAAUAUUGUUUUAAUAUAAUACAUGUGUUUUUCCCUCUUCUAUAUGUUCAGUCUUGUUCCACACCAACCUCCACCCCUGUUAACAAUCUGUAAACCACCUCUGAUCUUUUAAAUCAUUGCGUAGUUUGUCCGAUGUUUCUGUGGGUACAUUUUCGUAACACGCUCCUACAAUAAGUAACUAAGUUUUGUAUUUUUUUUUUUUCCUUUUCUUUAGAUUGUACCUUAAUUUGAAUUUCCUUUCUAAGACAUUUAAGCUUUGUUUUCAUGUUAUGUGUUUUAGGGUUUGUGCUAUCUUCUUUUUGAAAAAGAUGGUAUUUAUUACAUAGUUUUUCUACACGUCCACAUCAUGGCAUGCCAGUGAGCAUGAAAUGUAAGACAGGAUGAUUACAUUAUUUACGAGGCUGUGUAGAGGAAAUAAUUUGCAGUGCACAGUGUCAGUAAGUGUCGUUAAAUUCACAGCAACAUUAUGGGGUGCACUGUAACAAAACUAGUAUUUGUAUUUGCUUACUUUUCUUAGCAAUGAGCCUGUAAAUAAUAUUUCAGCAUUGUCUUUUGGAUAAGACAGUACACAUGUUUAAUCAAUGGAUAAAUUUAUCAAAUAAUCUGGAAUUUUUUCAUAAACAUGAUCAGAAAGUUAUAUUUUGUGUGCUGUGUUUUAUAGAACACUGUAGUUUAAAGAUAUCUACUUGUUUGUUGCUUUGGUUAAUUUUGUUUGCUUGAAGAUAAUUGUCCACCUUUUGACUCAGACCCUAAUAAAAUA